CGCCGGAGGAGGGCAGAGAGAGGACCAUGUGAAUGUGCUCCGGAGCCGAGCGCCACGCCACACAGUGUUUGGAAAGAACAGGAUGCUGAUCUAGACGUGGAAAAAAGCCGGUCCUACCCGUGGUUUAGAAGACAUGUGGUGUAUAUAAAGUUUGCGAUAGUUGGUGGAAAUUUGGGAACUUGGAUAAUGGGCUGUGUGCAAUGUAAGGAUAAAGAAGCAGCGAAACUGACGGAGGAGAGGGAUGGCAGCCUGAACCAGAGCUCCGGGUACCGCUAUGGCACAGACCCCACCCCUCAGCACUACCCCAGCUUCGGCGUGACCUCCAUCCCAAACUACAACAACUUCCAUGCAGCUGGGGGCCAGGGACUCACCGUCUUUGGGGGUGUGAACUCUUCCUCUCACACUGGAACCCUGCGUACGAGAGGAGGGACAGGAGUGACACUCUUUGUGGCUCUUUACGACUACGAAGCACGGACGGAAGAUGACCUGAGUUUUCACAAAGGGGAAAAAUUUCAAAUACUGAACAGCUCGGAAGGAGACUGGUGGGAAGCCCGCUCCUUGACGACGGGGGAAACUGGUUACAUUCCGAGCAACUAUGUGGCCCCAGUGGACUCUAUCCAGGCAGAAGAGUGGUACUUUGGAAAACUUGGCCGAAAAGAUGCCGAGAGACAGCUCCUGUCCUUUGGAAACCCAAGAGGUACCUUUCUUAUCCGCGAGAGCGAAACCACCAAAGGUGCCUACUCACUUUCCAUCCGGGAUUGGGAUGAUAUGAAAGGAGACCAUGUCAAACAUUAUAAAAUUCGCAAACUUGACAAUGGUGGAUACUAUAUCACCACCCGGGCCCAGUUUGAAACCCUCCAGCAGCUUGUACAGCACUACUCAGAGAGAGCCGCAGGUCUCUGCUGCCGCCUAGUAGUCCCCUGUCACAAAGGGAUGCCACGGCUUACCGAUCUGUCUGUCAAAACCAAAGAUGUCUGGGAAAUCCCUCGAGAAUCCCUGCAGUUGAUCAAGAGACUGGGAAAUGGGCAGUUUGGGGAAGUAUGGAUGGGUACCUGGAAUGGAAACACAAAAGUAGCCAUAAAGACUCUUAAGCCGGGCACAAUGUCUCCAGAAUCCUUCCUGGAGGAAGCACAGAUCAUGAAGAAGCUGAAACACGACAAGCUGGUGCAGCUCUAUGCCGUUGUGUCUGAGGAGCCCAUUUACAUCGUCACAGAGUACAUGAAUAAAGGAAGUUUGCUUGAUUUCUUAAAAGACGGUGAAGGGAGAGCUCUGAAGUUGCCAAAUCUUGUCGACAUGGCAGCACAGGUUGCCGCUGGAAUGGCUUACAUCGAGCGCAUGAAUUAUAUCCACAGAGAUCUGCGAUCAGCAAACAUUCUGGUGGGGAAUGGACUCAUUUGCAAGAUUGCUGACUUCGGGUUGGCUCGCUUGAUUGAAGACAAUGAGUACACAGCAAGACAAGGUGCCAAGUUUCCCAUUAAGUGGACAGCCCCUGAAGCAGCCCUGUAUGGAAGGUUCACAAUCAAGUCUGACGUGUGGUCUUUCGGAAUCUUACUCACAGAGCUGGUCACCAAAGGAAGAGUGCCCUACCCAGGUAUGAACAACCGGGAGGUGCUGGAGCAGGUGGAGAGGGGCUACCGGAUGCCCUGCCCACAGGACUGCCCCAUCUCCCUGCACGAGCUCAUGAUCCACUGCUGGAAAAAGGAUCCGGAAGAGCGCCCCACUUUCGAGUACUUGCAGGGCUUCCUGGAGGACUACUUUACGGCCACGGAGCCCCAGUACCAGCCAGGGGAAAACCUGUGAGCACCUGCUCUUCGGAGACCUCUCGCCAGAGGCCUCCCCACCCCUCCCCUUUAGCAUCCAGUUCUGUAGCCAGCUGCCCCUGAGCAGCGAGAACCGUCCAGGAUCAGAUUGCAUGUGACUGAAGCCGACGACCUUCCACGGCCUCAUUAAUGACACUUUUGUCCCCAAUCCGAACCUCCUCUGUGAAGCAUCCGAGACAGAACCAUGUUGUUUCUCAGACUUUGGAAAUGCAUUGUAUCGAUGUUAUGUCAAAGGCCAACCUCUGUUCCGUGUAAAUAGUCGCUCCCGUGCCAACAAUCCUAGUGCUUUCCUUUUUUAAAAAAGAAAAAAAAUGCAAAUUCUAUGUGAUUUUAACUCUGUCUUCACCUGAUUCAACUAAAAAAAAAGUAUUAUUUUCCAAAAGUGGCCUCUUUGUCUAAAACAAUAAAAUUUUUUUUCAUGUUUUAACAAAAA